AUGAAUGAAUAUAUGGAUGAAGUAAAUAAUGAUGAUAGCUACAUCGAAAUGAGUAGCACAGAAGAUGUUCUGUUUCAGUAUUUUGCAAAACUAUUAUAUUUAUUGAUAUUUAGUUGUAUAGGAUGUUUAUUAAUGAUUAUAAUUUACUAUUUUAAGGUCCCUUGCAAAGAAUGUGAUUUUAUGAAUCGAAUAUUAGUUAUAUGUAUAUUGAUUAAAAGUAUAGGACAUUUAAAUUUGAGUUUGAUUAGAAUAAAAAGAAGAGAAGAAAUUGAAAAUUCUGAAGAGUUUAAAUAUAUUAUAAAAAAAAUAUUAAGAUUAUUUAAUUUAUUAACAAUUUUAUUAGUAACAGCAUCUUUAUAUUUAUUACACUUUUAUAAAAAUGUUUGUUCUAAAAAUACAAUAUCAAUGCAAAUUAUAAGAAUAUAUUAUUAUUUUACUAUAGCACUUUAUUUUUUACCAUUAUUAUUUUAUAUAUGUCUUGGAUUAUUUUUGUCAAUCAUUAUAUGUAUUAUGAUAUAUUUUUCAGUAGAUGAAAAUGAUAGAAUUCCAACUCCAAAAAAUGUUAUUAAUAAAUUAAAAGUUGUGAAAUAUAAAGAUAUUGAUUAUGUUCAUAAAAAAAAUAUAAAUCAAAAAAAAAAAAAAAAAAAAAAAUUUAUUAAAAAUUCAUCACUUGAAUUGAUAUUUGACAAAGUAACAAAAGUUAUUAGAAAUAAAGGAAAUACAACCAAAGCUAAACAAAAUAUUCAAUCAAGUUUCGAAAAUAAUAUUGAUAAUCAAAAAGAUGAUAGCAACUCUUGUUUUUCUGAUAUACAUUUGAACGAAAUAUCUAAACCUCUCAAACAGGAUACACAAAAUGGCUACACAAAAAGUGAUAACAAUUUAGAUGACAUGUACAGUCAAGAUGAUCAAGUUAAAUUUACGAAUGAAGAGAUAUUACCAGAUAAUGAUGAAAAUAUAAACAAAUUUAAUAAGCAAACAAACGAAAACGAAGAUAUGUGCUCUAUAUGCAUGGUUGAUUAUAUGGAAAAUGAUAAUAUUAUGAUCAUGCCAUGUGAUAAACGUCAUUUUUUUCAUUCUAAUUGUUUAUCAAAAUGGUUAAAUAAAAGUCAAGUAUGCCCUAUUUGUAGAACCAAUAUUGUUACUUGCCUUAAUUCAAAAACAGAUAUGGUUUAA